CGCAGACAGCGCAGUGAGGAAGCUAGGAGGUGCAGCCAAGUCCAUGGAGAACAUCUGUCUCAGCAAGACUACUGACCAGAUCAGGCAGAGGAGCAACAGAACUCAAUGCCCAGGAUCUGAGUCUGCAGGGAGACGAGACUAUAGACCGGCUGCAGUGUGUCUGGGGCUGCUGUGUUUCCUGCUGCUGACAGCCGUCACAGCGCUGGCUGUUUACCACAGCAGAGUUAUUCACCAAGCAGAGAAAGAGCACAACAACCUGAGAAAAGAGAGAGACCAGCUUCUGUUGAAUUACAGCCUGCAGACUGUAGAGAGAGACCAGCUCCUGCUGAAUUACAGCCUGCAGUCUGUAGAGAGAGACCAGCUACUGGUGAAUUACAGCCUGCAGACUGCAGUGAGAGACCAGCUACUGCUGAAUAAUAAAUACUGUAACAAGAGUUACAUCUGUCCAAUUGGUUGGAGGAGAUUCAAAUGCAGCUGUUACUACAUUUCCACUGAGAAGAAGACCUGGAGUGACAGCCGACAGGCCUGUAUGCAGUCAGGAACCGACUUGGCGAUCAUCAGCAACAGAGAGGAGCAGGAGUUUAUGAACAGAAUUCCUGGAGAUUUCUGGAUCGGUCUCAGUGACAGUGAGAGAGAAGGAACCUGGAAAUGGGUGGAUGGAACAACAAUUCCUGUAGAGAAAGGAUACUGGCUGUCGGGCAUGAGGCAGCCUGACGACCACAAUGGAAAUGAAGAUUGUGUGCAUCAGAGGACAACAGAUUCUGAUCCCGGGUGGAAUGACCUUCCAUGCAGUCGUACUCUGAAAUGGAUUUGUGAAUCUGUACCCUGGUGUUAUCCCACAUAUUAAUGAUCGCUCACUGUUCACUAUCGACAGAGUCAAGGUGAAAUUAAGUUUCCUGCUUUUUUUGGCUUCAAAGUCUCUUCCAGCUAAAAUAGGAAAACUAAAAUUCUGCUUGUUGAGAGAUUGUUGCUCUUUGUAUCUUUUUAUUUCCCAUAAUCCGCUUUUUAAAUACCAUGUGUAAUUCGCACAGCUAGCAGUCAUGUUAACAUAUUAGGGAGCCUCCAUUCAUACUGCUGAAAAUACAGGUUAUUGUGAAAUUUCAUUUACGACUAAGUUCAAAGACCUGCUCAAUUAAUACCGAGUUCCAAAAUAAAAAUACCUGAUACCUG